AUGCCUACUCUUGUUAAUUAUAGUGGUGAUGGAGAUUUCUCUACUGGGAGUUCAUUUUGUUCCCGUAAGGAUGGUUACCACCCUUCAAGGAAGCGCCAUCGUAUCAGUGCUUCAUUAGUUGUUAAAAGCAGUAUAUUUGAGGCUAAAAAAAAUUCCAUUGAGAUUCUACCAGACGAAUGUUUAUUUGAGAUCCUCAGACGCUUACCAGGCCGAGAGAGGAGUGCCACUGCUUGUGUUUCCAAGCGUUGGCUAAUGCUCUUGAGUAGCAUCCGUAGCUCUGAGUUUUACGGGAGCAAAGCCCCUCGAGGGAAAGUAGAUCCAAUUUCAAAUAAUCAGGUUUCCAAUAAUACAGAACUGAGCUCUGAAGAUCAGGAUCUUGAAGUGGAGUGUGAUGGAUACCUCACGAGGAGUGUAGACGGAAGGAAAGCAACGGAUGUUAGGCUUGCCGCUAUUGCAGUUUGUACUGCCAGCCGGGGUGGACUUGGAAAGCUUUCUAUUCGUGGAAGCAACUCUCUUCGGAGUGUUUCUAAUGUUGGGUUGUCAGCAAUUGCUCAUGGUUGCCCGUCGCUCAGGGUUCUUUCACUGUGGAAUGUUCCAUCUAUUGGUGAUGAAGGUCUCUUUGAAAUUGCAAGGGAGUGUCAUUCAUUAAAGAAGCUAGAUCUUUGCCAAUGUCCUUCAAUUUCAAACAAAGGUGUACUUGCAAUUGCGGAAAACUGUCCUGAUUUAACUUCAUUAACAAUUGAAUCUUGUUCAAAUGUUGGGAAUGAGAGUCUGCAAGCCGUUGGAAAAUAUUGCAUUAAACUUCGGUCGAUUUCUAUCAAAGACUGCCCAUUUGUUGGGGAUCGGGGUGUUGCGAGUAUCUUGUCAUUAGCUUCUGCAGUCUUGACAAAGGUGAAACUUCAAACUCUAAACAUCACAGAUUUCUCGGCUGCUGUAAUAGGGCACUACGGGAAGGCAAUUACCAAUCUUGUCCUCAGUGGGCUGCAAAACAUGAGCCAGAAGGGCUUUUGGGUGAUGGGUAAUGCGCAAGGUCUCCAUAGCCUUUCAUCUUUGACAAUCUCUUCGUGUAGGGGAAUGACUGAUUUGAGCCUUGAAGCACUCGGAAGGGGCUGUCCAAAGCUUAAACAGAUAUGCUUUCACAAGUGCUGCUUUGUGUCCGACAAUGGGCUUGUAGCAUUCGCCAAAGGCGCCAACUCUCUUGAGAGCUUGCAAUUAGACGAGUGCAACCGGAUCACCCAAACCGGGAUUUUAAAUGCUCUUUCGAACUGUAAUUCGAAGUUAAAGUCUCUUUCCCUGAAUAAGUGCAUGGCAGUUAAGGAUCUGUCUCCCGAAUCUUCAAUGCUAUCCCCUUGUGAAUAUCUUCGAUCCUUGUCCAUCCGAAGCUGCCCGGAAUUUGGAAGUACUAGCUUGGCUAUAAUUGGGAAGCUAUGUCCCCAGCUACAUCACUUAGAUCUCAGUGGGCUUUGUGGAAUCACUGAUUCUGGUCUUCUGCCUCUUUUGGAGAGCUUUCAGACAGGAUUGGCUAAGGUUAAUCUUAGUGGCUGCCUAAAUUUGACAGAUGAAAUAGUAUUUGCCCUUGCUAAAUUGCAUGGUGGAACACUCGAAUCACUAAAUCUUGAUGGUUGUAGAAAUCUUAGCGAUGCAAGUUUAAUGGCACUGGCGGUGAACUGCCCUUUGCUCCGUGAUAUUGAUGUUUCUAAGUGUUCCAUCACUGAUUCUGGUAUUGUUGCUUUAUCCUAUGGAGUGCAAACAAAAUUGCAGAUUCUUUCCUUGUCGGGCUGCUCGAUGAUAUCGAACAAGAGCAUGCCGUCUCUGAAAAAAUUGGGAAGGACACUGGUAGGAUUGAAUCUCCAGCAUUGUAAUUCCAUUAGUAACAGCACGAUUCAGUUUCUCACAGAGAAUUUGUGGAAAUGCAAUAUUCUAUCAUAA